GAGAGAGAGAGAGGAGGUAGGCGCUGCAGACGCGUUGACAACAAUCGCACUCUGCAACACGCGUCCACCAUGUAGGAAGCUUCCCGAGAUUAUCAUCAGUCCUGCAUGUACCACCAUUCGUCUUCCUUCCUCCCUCUAUUGUUUUGUUUCACGAGCCAAGCAAUCGUGCAAGAACGUGUUUGAUUGUUGAUCGCUUAUAGAUGGGGACUAUAGACUAAAGUAGCGCACUGAGGUAAACAAACGGACGAUGGAGGAUCGCUACUCCGCCGAGUGCGACGGGACUGAAGCAUGGUUGGACGACCACCUGGAGUUCACCCACUCCUACUUUAUCAGGAAGGCAUCCAGGGAAAUGGUGAAUUCGUGGUUCGCCGAACGCGUCCACACAAUCCAGCCCUCCAAGGACACGCCCCCGCUGCAGCGAGCCCACCACCACCACCAACACCACUCCGCCUCCACCAUCUCGGACCACCCGCCCAGCAGCACCAACACCAACACCACCAUCACCAUCAACACCACCAUCACCACCUCCACCAUCACCCCGCCCGCCCUCUCCCUCUACGACACCCGCUGCCCCUCCCCCGGCCCCAACGCCAGCCCUGCCGCGCCCGGCACCCCCACCCGCAAGAUCUCCGCGUCCGAGUUCGACCGCCCCCUGCGACCCAUCGUGGUCAAAGACUCUGAGGGGUCGCUCACCUUCCUGUGCAGCUCGGACCGCGAGCUCGGCGCCAUGCCGACGCAGGCGACGACGACGACGACGAUGACGAGCGUCAACGACGACGCCGGUUCUACUUCCUGUAGAGGGGAGGGGCUUAUCAGCGGCGGCGGCGGUGACGUCGGUUCGGACCGGUGCCGCCGCCUGCUGGAGCUGGUGAGGGAGGUGUCCAGUCACCUCGACGUCACCGCGCUCUGCCACAAGAUCUUCCUGCACAUCAACGAGCUGAUCGCCGCCGACCGCUACUCGCUGUUCCUGGUGGGCGAGGACAGCUCCAACAGGAAGUUCCUGGUGAGCCGGCUGUUCGACGUGGCCGAGGGGUCCACACUGGAGGAGUCCUCCAGCAGCUCCAUCCGCCUGGAGUGGAACAAGGGCAUCGUGGGCCAUGUGGCCGCCACCGGCCAGCCCCUCAACAUCCGCAACGCCUACGAGGACCCCAGGUUCAACGCGGAGGUGGACCUGAUCACGGGUUACAAGACGCAGACCAUCCUCUGUCUGCCAAUCAAGAACCACAAGGAGGAGGUGGUGGGGGUGGCGCAGGCCAUCAAUAAGAAAUGUGGGGAGGACAAAGUUUUCACUGAGCAAGACGAAAAGGACUUCUCCUCCUACCUGGCGUUCUCUGGCAUCGUGCUGCACAACGCUCAGCUCUACGAGACGUCCCAGCUCGAGAACAGACGGAACCAGGUGCUGCUGGACCUUGCCAGUCUGAUCUUCGAGGAGCAGCAGUCCCUGGAGGUGCUGCUGAGGAAGAUCGCCGGCACCAUCCUCUCCUUCAUGCAGGCCCAGGCAUGCACCGUGUUCAUCGCUGACCAGGACUCCAUGAACACCUUCUCCAGUGUCUUCCACAUGGAAUACGAGGAGCUCAGCGAUGGUCUGGACGCCCAAAAAAGAGAGUGUGACGUCAGCCAGAUCAACUACAUGUACGCCCAGUACGUGCAGAACACCACGAUGCCCCUAAACAUCACAGACGUCACUAAGGACCUGCGCUUUCCCUGGACGAGUGACAAGCCCGACCAGCCCAGUAACCACAUCAAGAGCUUGCUGUGCACGCCCAUCGGAAACGGCAAGAAGGACAAGGUCAUAGGCGUGUGCCAGCUGGUGAACAAGAUGGACGAGGCGACGGGCGGCGUGAAGGCGUUCAACCGCAACGACGAGCAGUUCCUGGAGGCCUUCGCCAUCUUCUGCGGCCUGGGCAUCCAGAACACCCAGAUGUACGAGAGCGUGGAGCGGGCCAUGGCCAAGCAGGAGGUCACCCUGGAGGUCCUAUCAUACCACGCUUCAGCCGCAGAGGAAGAAACUCGGCUUCUCCAGGUAACAGCGGCCGCGACGGUGCCCUCAGCCCAGACCCUGCAUAUUAUGGACUUCAGCUUCAGCGACUUUGAGCUGUCCGACAUGGAGACGACCCUGGCGACAAUCCGCAUGUUCAUAGACCUCAACCUGGUGCACAACUACCAGAUGAAGUACACGAGUCUGUGCCACUGGGUCAUGAGUGUGAAGAAGAACUACCGGCGGAAUGUGGUCUACCACAACUGGCGGCACGCCUUCAACACGGCACAGUGCAUGUUCGCCGUGCUCAAGUCCGGACGCCUGCAGAACAACAUGAGGGACCUGGAGAUGCUGGCGUUGAUGAUCGCCGCGCUCAGCCACGACCUGGACCACCGAGGAGUCAACAACUCCUACAUACAGAGGAGUGCCCACCCCCUGGCUCACCUCUACUGCCACUCCACCAUGGAGCACCAUCACUUUGACCAAUGUCUGAUGAUCCUGAACAGUCCAGGGAACCAGAUCCUGAGUGGCCUGUCCCUGGAGGGGUACAAGGCCACUCUCAAGAUGAUCGAGAGGGCUAUUCUGGCCACCGAUCUGGCUGUGUACAUGAAGAGGAGAGGGGAAUUCUUUGAGCUGACAAAGAACAGUCAGUUUGUCUGGGAGGACGAGGACCACAGAGACCUGCUGAGGUCAAUGCUGAUGACUGCGUGUGACAUCUCCGCCAUCACCAAGCCCUGGCCCGUGCAGAAGAGGAUCGCUGAGCUGGUGGCCACAGAGUUCUUCGAGCAAGGAGACAAGGAGAGAAAGGAGCUCAACAUCGAGCCCAUCGACCUGAUGAACCGUGAGAAGAGAGAUAAGAUCCCCAGCAUGCAGGUUUCCUUCAUAGACGCUAUCUGCACACAGUUGUACGAGACGCUGGCCGGUAUGUCGGAGCACUGUUCCCCUCUGCUGGACGGCUGUCAGCAGAACAGGCAGCGUUGGAAGCGCUUGGCGGAGCAGUGCGAGAAGGGCGGAGUCAACGGCCUGGAAUGAGAAGCGUUAACCCCGCCCCCAGACCCAAACCACUCCCCCUCAACCACCACUUGUCAUAGUUUUCAACUCGCUGUCAAUCGCCAGAGACAAUGUCAGCACUAAAGCUAUAUUUAUUACUGCAGCAUUUGUUAUUAACAAAAAAAAUAUAUUGUUUUGUUUUUGUUUUUACAUUUUUUGCACAAAGUUGACUUACAAACUCAUGACAGAUUUUAAACACUUUUACCAAGACAAGGUCAUCACGCAAUAGGACUACAGAAUAUUCCAGAAGAAGCAGUAGCAGAGCUCCAGAACCAAUAUGUACCCAGAAUCUCUAGAACCACUAACAGUGAGUGACUGGGCUUCUAAUGUACACAGUGAAACAGUUUCAUGACAUAUCUAAAGGUUCAAAGGGCUUUGGUUAACAACUUGAAUGCCAACCACACGCUGAGAUUGAACCACAGGAAAAGCGCAAUUUUUACUGCCUGAAAUGACUGCCUGCUGAUUUGGUAGAUGACAUCACUGUUACGCGGCUCAAACGUAACAAAGAAAUGGGGCAGGAGACCGUGUGACAAUCCACGUUAACAUCACCCGGCACCAAUUUCAGCCAAUCAGAAGAUCUGUUUCAGUUAUCUCUGGUGCCAUCCCUGAGGUUUUAGUUUGGUAAAUGGUUACUCAACAUAAGCACACCUAACAGUUUGGCUCUUUUAUAAUGUUCACAUUAUUCUUCAAUAAUACGUAUUUAUUUUUCUUUGAUAUAUAUUUAUUAUUUUCUGCUAUUCUAAGGGCAUCCUCGUUACGAACACCCGAGUCUUGAAAGGAAUUGCAGGUUAUCAAUUAAUUCCUGGCUCUGAGUUUGUUUAGGACAAACAUUGUUAGCAACCCCCAAGAAAUAUACUGUAUGAUUGGUUUUUAAAUUGUAUUAUGUUUUGUUUUGUUGUUGCAAAAUGUCAACGGCCAAAGACUAGGUCUGUAAUUGAAGUGGGCCUAGAAUCUUCCACUGCCUCCUCUUGAAAGAAUGCUUGCCACCAAGGUACCAUUUCAUAAGUCAAAACUCAGAAUUCAGAUACUAAGAUAAUAAUACAACCCAUCAUCAGUACUCUGUUGAUUAUCGAUUGACAACUGUCAAUCACUUAACCACCGUCUUCAUUCUUUAAAUAAAAGGUUGAGAGCCCGUUCAACACAUUUUCUAAUUAGCCAAAACCUAAUGGACAAGUAUCCAAUAAGUGACAGAGUUAGACAAAUCAAACUCUGCGAUAAGAACGUAAAAGAACAUGUGACCUAUCAAUGGACCAUCACACUGCCUUCUGCCGAGUCAGUGUCCCCAUAAUUGUUUUGUCAAUUGAGAAAUUAAUUAAUUCGAAGAAAAAAAACUUGGCAUCUUUAUUCAACACUACAGACGGCGGUGGUUUAGGCAUCUGUAAUUUCGUAGCUCAUCUUAGUUAUUUCACUAAUAUCUGUAACCGUUACCUGUUUUUUCCUACACAACAUGUUGUACUCGAUACUCACAAUAAACAGUUUUUACAUUUUACAUAUUUACAUUAACUUACAUUAGCUACAGAGCCUUCCCUCACACCUUUCAUAUAUUUGUACUGUCUUCUUCGCUAAACACAUGCUCAGAUAUCAACAAACCCUGGCGGCAUUUUGGAAUUGGAACUUUUACUUUCUCUGGGAAUGUAAACUCGUGUGCCUGAUGAUUCGAAAAUAAAAGUAGGCAUUGUUUUUAAUUAUUUUGACCCCAACUCUUCUUCAAAUAUAAGACAAAUAUUUUUAACAUUAGGUUAAUACAUUACAUUAUUUCUGAAAUGACACUAAGAAAACUGAAUUAAAAUACUUGUUAUAAAUCCUACUUAAUUAUAUUCAUAGUAACAUAAUUUGUGCAUACUGCAAACAGCUGUAAGAGCUACUAUAAAAACCCAAUAUAAUUUUACCAUGGAGUACACCUCCCAUAGGCCUAAGCAGUGUCCUGGAGGAGAAAUCAAAGAAAAUAGCUGUGAAAGAAAAGAUUCGGAAUGGCCCGUCUUGGUAUAAAGCCCCCUCGCCACCACGACAAGGCAACAGUAUCCAGCUGCAGCCCCAGAGAACAACACCCUGGCGUGACAGAACACCCAGGCGGGACGGAAGUACUGUGGCUGGACGGAAGUUACCUCCGAUAAAAAAAUGUAUUUAUCGCUUGAAUUAACAUAACAUAGAAAUAAAAAAAUAUUUAGACACGUCAGUAACCAUUUAAAGGUUUAACGUUGUUCAGACAUACCUCAGGAUUUUUUCUUUGUGUUAUUAAACUUAUUAGACCCAAAAAUUAGAAUAAAACAAUAUUAUGACACGUCAGUAAGGUUUUUUAUAGCUUAAUUUUUUUAACGUUAUUGAGACUAAUAAACUGAUUUAGUGUGUAGACAAUUAUUUAAUAGAAUUGUGUAUUAUACACUUUACUCAUUAAGUAUUUGACCAUUAGAAUUAAGUAAUUAGAAUGAAGUAAUUGUUUUAAUAUGUCUAAUAGAAUCAAAUUAAAUUUUUUGUAAAGUAUAUCAUCAUAAUUUGAUAUCAAUAUACAUUGAAGAAUAACCACACCAAAGUUUCCUCACAAUUUAUGUAACAAAUAAUCUACAGAAGCUUAAAGAUAUAGCUUCUUCAUGCCGACUGCCAUCAGCUCCAACUCACUGUCAAAAGAAGCAAACAGUCAAAUCAAUAUUAAGCCUAUACAAUAUAUUAUUUCACUGGAAACGUCAUUCACUUCUCUUUUUCGCUUCAGUCUGAAGACUGGUGGAAGUAGUCCAGCCGCCAUUUGUUUGGCCUCCUCCAUGAAGUGUGGGAACCUUCUGCUGUGCCUGUAUAAAUAAAGAGAAAUGAUUGUAGGAAUUAUACAUAUUUUGUUAACAUUGGGGUUGAGGUAUAUAUUCAUAUUUGAAAUAAACAAAAACAUACCCAUCCAGGUGGAAGUUCUCAAGCAGUACUGUGCACCCCCAUUUUCUGAGGACAGGCAUGUCUUUCUAAAGUAAGGGGAUAUUCCAAGAAUUGACAAUGAUAAAAUAUGUAUACAAGUAUGAUUUUUUUUAUGUUGUAACCUUACAUAUGUCAAAAAUCCAAUUCUUAUUUUAAACGUAUCGUUUCAAUCGUCAGCUCUUUUUUCAUUUGAUGUAAUGCCUACCUACAACAGUGAAGUCAAACGGUGCCUCCAUGGCAAGGUACCAAGCAUACUGUGAUGGAAAAAUGUAAUUGGUGACAACAUUCACACGCGUUGUUAUAGUGCUGAGAGGGUGUGUUUUUGAGUCAGUUGUGAUCGCCGAUGUCUUGCUUUCUUGUACUUUUGCCUCUGUAGUCUGUUUUGAUGCUCGUCAUUGUAGUCCUUUGCAUAACCUGACCUUCUUUUCUCAUAUUACUAUUCAGAUGUAAAGCCGUUUCGCCGAAUUCAACAAAAAACAGAGGAAAGGACACAACAUUAUCGAGACCAAUCUCAUGGGCCCUGACGAACCGGUGAACGGGAUAAGUCUGAUGAAUUUAACAACGGGUCGAACCAAUGAUGGAAGUCUUCAACAGCAGAUGAAACAGGACAUGAAACAGUACAUUUGUUACGAAUGAGAUCAAUCUUAUUUUAGAUUUCUGUUGCCUACUGUAAAACCGAAGAGAUCAGUCGGAGUCAAUUGCUAAUCCGAUAAAGUUGGAUGGAAGGAAGCCAAUGAGUUGGAUGACACCUAGGAUAAUCCCUCAAAUCACAAAUCUUUGAACAAGAUAUGCAUUGAAGUAGAAACAUUUAUUUCCCUGUGAUAUCAUAGAUGUUUUUCCACUUUGAUUUUGCUACUGUUUCUGGGACAUGUGAUGUUUAUAAUGAAAGACCAGUUCAAAUAGGAUUUCUGUCAUUGUUUUAUAUGAUCUAGAAUUUCUGCGGAAUUUCAUUCACAGCGCAACACAUGUGACACUUGAUGUGAAAUGGCUGGAGAUAGAAUAUAGGCCUUCCUAGACCUUCAAAGGAAUUUGGUGCAGCGGUCAGGGCUGUUGGUUAAUGUUCUGUAGUCUCUGGUUCGAGUCCCUGCUCACACGGCAACAAGAGGUACCUUAAUGGAUAUGUCUUAUUUCUCUAUCAUGUGAAUGGUAAAGUCAAGUAUAACCUCCAAGCACGGUCUGGAUAGCGUCUUGGUGGUGAAGCGGUCAGAGGCAGUGGUUUAAUGCUCUGUAGACGAAGGUUUGAGUCCCCGCUCACAGGGCCACCAGAGGUACGUAAAUGGAUACAUCUUAUUUCUCA